CAGUGUGAGUGGCCUUUUCUCCCCCCCCCCUCCACCCCAUGAGCUUUUCUGCUCACAUGGGUAGACUUUCCUUCCUGCUGCCUUCCCAAUUGUAUUUGUGUCUCCUUACCAGCCAGGACGUUUAUGGAUGCAAGUCAAAACUUUUAAACUCUAGAAAACAUCUGUGGAUCACUGGACUUUGGAAGUUUUUGUCAUUCGAAAGAAGCAAGAAAAUACAAUACAACAAUCUCGGGAAUCUUCAUUGUCACAAUAUGGUUUCUCCUUUUUUCCCCCCUAGCUGCCUGUGAGGAAGGGAAUUUUUACAUUUAAAACAAUGGAAUGAUGGCCUUCAUUUUGGCAGGCACUUCUGGAAUGGGAGUUCCAACUGGACAAGUCUUGAAUCUCCAUUGGGCUGGAUUCAUGAAAUCUCUUAUAUGAAGCAUCAACAAAAGGUACCUUUCUUGUGGUGACGGAGGAGACAUGAGAUCUUCAACCUCCAGGCUCUCCAGCUUUUCCUCAAGGGAUUCAUUAUGGAAUCGGAUCAUGCCGGACCAGAUCACCGUUUCGGAGUUUAUUUCUGAGACCACAGAGGAUUACAACUCCCCCACUACUUCCAGCUUUACCACCCGGCUACAAAACUGCAGGAAUACAGUCACACUUCUAGAAGAGGCACUAGAUCAGGACAGAACUUCACUACAAAAAGUGAAAAAAUCUGUAAAAGCAAUAUAUAAUUCUGGACAAGAACAUGUCCAGAAUGAAGAAAACUAUGCACAAGUACUUGAUAAAUUUGGAAGUAACUUCUUAAGUAGAGAUAAUCCAGAUCUUGGCACUGCCUUUGUAAAAUUUUCCACACUGACUAAGGAAUUGUCAACGCUGCUAAAAAAUCUGCUCCAAGGUUUGAACCACAAUGUUAUCUUCACAUUGGAUUGCCUUUUAAAGGGAGAUUUGAAAGAAGUCAAAGGGGAUCUUAAAAAGCCUUUUGACAAAGCCUGGAAGGAUUAUGAGACCAAAUUCACAAAAAUUGAAAAAGAAAAAAGGGAACAUGCAAAACAGCAUGGGAUGAUACGGACAGAGAUUACUGGAGCCGAGAUAGCAGAAGAAAUGGAAAAAGAAAGGCGUCUGUUUCAGCUCCAGAUGUGUGAAUAUCUCAUUAAGGUUAAUGAAAUUAAGACAAAAAAAGGUGUUGACCUUCUACAGAAUCUUAUUAAGUAUUAUCAUGCACAGUGCAAUUUCUUCCAAGAUGGCUUGAAGACAGCUGAUAAACUAAAACAGUAUAUUGAGAAACUGGCUGCUGAUUUAUAUAAUAUAAAGCAGACACAAGAUGAAGAAAAGAAACAACUGACUGCACUUAGAGAUUUGAUAAAAUCCUCCUUACAGCUUGACCAGAAGGAGUCUAGGAGAGAUUCCCAAAGCAAGCAAGGAGGAUAUAGCAUGCAUCAGCUUCAGGGAAAUAAAGAAUAUGGCAGUGAGAAGAAGGGAUAUCUCUUAAAGAAGAGUGAUGGGAUACGGAAGGUUUGGCAAAGAAGAAAAUGCACUGUUAAGAAUGGUAUUCUAACCAUAUCACACGCGACUUCAAACAGGCAACCUGCUAAAUUGAAUUUAUUAACCUGCCAGGUGAAACCAAAUGCUGAAGAUAAGAAGUCUUUCGACUUGAUAUCACAUAAUAGAACAUACCACUUUCAGGCAGAAGAUGAGCAAGACUAUGUAGCAUGGAUAUCAGUAUUGACCAACAGCAAAGAAGAGGCUUUAAAUAUGGCAUUCCAAGGAGAACAGAGCACAGGAGAAAACAGUUUAGAAGAUCUGACAAAAGCCAUUAUUGAUGACAUACAGCGGUUACCUGGAAAUGAUGUUUGUUGUGAUUGUGGAUCACCAGAUCCAACAUGGCUUUCAACUAACCUGGGCAUUUUAACCUGUAUAGAGUGCUCUGGAAUACAUAGAGAAAUGGGUGUUCAUAUUUCUCGAAUACAGUCUUUAGAGCUAGACAAAUUAGGAACAUCUGAACUCUUGCUGGCCAAGAACAUAGGAAACAAUAGUUUUAAUGAAAUUAUGGAGGGGAACUUACCAAGUCCUUCUCCCAAGCCUAAACCAUUAAGUGAUAUGACUAUUCGUAAAGAAUUUAUUACUGCUAAAUAUGUAGAUCAUAAGUUCUCCAGAAAGACAUGCGGUUCUGCAGCAGCUAAACUGAAUGAACUACUUGAUGCUGUUAAAUCCAGGGAUUUACUUGCACUAAUUCAAGUCUAUGCAGAAGGGGUUGAACUAAUGGAGCCAUUGCUGGAGCCUGGACAGGAGCCAGGUGAAACAGCCCUUCAUUUUGCAAUUCGGACUGCUGACCAAACUUCACUUCAUCUGGUAGACUUCCUUGUACAAAACAGUGGGAACCUGGAUAAACAGACAGCAUUGGGGAACACCGUUCUACACUACUGCAGUAUAUAUAAUAAGCCUGAAUGUUUGAAAUUGCUUUUGAAGGGCAAGCCAACAGUAGAUAUAGUAAAUCAAACUGGAGAAACAGCUCUGGACAUAGCAAAGAGACUAAAAGCUGUCCAGUGUGAAGACUUGCUUUCUCAGGCCAAAGCAGGAAAGCUAAAUCCACAUGUACAUGUAGAGUAUGAGUGGAAUCUUCGGCAGGAAGAAAUUGAUGAAAGUGAUGAUGACUUAGAUGACAAGCCUAGUCCAAUUAAGAAGGAGCGUUCUCCUAGACCACAAAGCUUUUGUCAUUCUUCCAGUAUUUCUCCCCAAGAUAAAAUGGCUCUUCCUGGUCUUAGCACUCCAAAGGACAAGCAGAGACUCUCCUAUGGAGCCUUUCCCAAUCAGAUUUUUGUCACUUCAAGCAUAGAUUCCACAACUUCUCCAACAGGAGCAGAUGCCCCUCCACUUCCUCCUAGAAAUGCUGGCAAAGGUCCAUCUGGCCCUCCUUCAACCCUUCCUUUAAACACUCAAGCCACUAGUGGCAGCUCCACUCUGUCUAAGAAGAGGCCCCCGCCCCCACCCCCUGGACACAAAAGAACCCUCUCUGACCCACCAAGCCCACUACCUCAUGGACCCCAGAAUAAGGGCCAAAUUCCUUGGGGUAAUGAUUUGGGUCCCCCAGCCACAAAGACUGCAAACAAGUUUGAAGGGAUGUCUCAACAAUCUGGCUCUGGGACUGCUAAGACUGCACUAGGUCCAAGAGUUCUUCCUAAACUACCUCAAAAAGUGGCACUAAGAAAAAUAGAAACAAUUCAUCUUCCUUCAAUAGAUAAGUCCAGUCAACAUUCAGAAAUCUUUCAGAAGUCAGCUUCACUUUCUAUUGAUCUACCACAGAAGCCACAAUCUGGAGAUUUACCCCCUAAGCCUCAGGCUCUGGAGCUAUCCCAGAAACCUCAAAUUGGAGAUUUACCCCCAAAACCAGGAGAACUACCCCCCAAACCUCAAUUAGGAGACCUGCCACCAAAACCACAACUUUCAGACUUACCUCCAAAACCACAAAUGAAGGACCUUCCUCCAAAGCCUCAACUAGGAGAUGCUUUGGCUAAAACUCCAGGUGAAAUAUCACCCAAGCCUCAUCCUUCAGAAGCAAAUCAAAAAUCUCAUUCCUUGGAUCUUUCUCCAAAGGUACAGUCUAGAGAAACCAUCCAAAAGCAAGCUUCUGAAGACUCAAAUGAUGUAGCCCAUGCAUUGCCAGAGACCCCAGUGCCACUUCCAAGAAAAAUAAACAUGGGCAAGAACAAAGUUAGGCGAGUGAAGACAAUCUAUGAUUGCCAAGCAGAUAAUGAUGAUGAACUCACAUUUGUUGAAGGUGAAAUUAUUAUUGUAACAGGCGAAGAGGACCAAGAGUGGUGGAUUGGCCACAUCGAAGGAGAACCAGAAAGGAAAGGGGUUUUCCCAGUAUCCUUCGUCCACAUUUUGUCAGACUAAGUCAGAUUGGAAACUUGAGCAUUGCACAUCCUUCCUGCAAGACGGGCUUUUAGCACGAAGCAAACAGCUGCUGCAUCCUUGUAAUUCUGUGCACAAUUGUGGAUAUAUAUGUAUAUAUAACUGCUGUUAAUAGAAUGAGAACUCAUGGCUCACCCUACGAGGUGACUUGUAUUGUAAAUAGAUGGUGUUACUCCGCCUUUGCCAGUAUUAUGGUAGCCUUGGGACCUGGCACGCCUUAUUGGGUUUGCUCAAGCCAUCCUUGGCAUCAAGCACUUACAUCUCUUUCUGUGUGUAUGAACUACCAGCUUUCUAAAUAUGGAUGGUCUCAUUCAGUCCUAUUUAACUGUACAGAUGUUACCAUUCCUAAUUAAUCAGUAUUCUUCAAUAAUAGCAGAGAAUUAGAUUCCAUUUUCAAAAUGAACUGCUUUGGCUCAUUUACAGCCCAGUUUACAGCUACAAAUGUAAACACAUAACAGCUUGUGAAAUUCCACUUCCUUGGUAUUUGUUUUGAAAAAAAGUGUUCAGUGUGCACAUCAAACAAAAGAAAUAUUCACUGAUGCUACAGAUUAGUAGUAGUAUUUUAUGCUGUGUGAGCAACAUUUUAUGUACGUAUUAUGUAGUUAACGGUUCAUCCCUGUGGUAUUUACCUCACUUAAAACCAUCUGACAGUGUUCAAUCAGAAUUACUCUGGUAUAAUAUCAUAUGGAAUUUUUGGCUGGAUAUUUCCUUUCACUCAACCAGGGUCUCAAAGAAACAUAGUCUGUCCACAACUGCAUGGAUUCAUGUGCUUCCUUACAAUCUUAGUUAAUGGAGGAAUGUUAAAGACAUCUGUCAACUUGUGUUAAAGCUUUUAUUUAAGCAGUUCAGCCUUGUGACAAUUAUUUCCCACCUUGAUGAAUAUUCAGCUAACAUAAGUCUGUGUUUGCUAAUUAAUUGGCUUAUCUAGAAAACAACUUUGUGGCUAGGGGAAUUUGAUACAAGAAGAUAAUAUAAUGGUGGUUUUCUUUUGGCCUGGAGACAUCAAAAUACUUAAAAUGAUUAUCAAAAAUAUGUGAAAGAAAACUUAUCAGCUAUUAAUUAAUGGAACCAUGCAGUAAUAAUUUCAUUUACAUAUGCUGAUACUGAAUCCUAAUUAUGGCUCUCAGUUGAACUAUGAAAAUCCACCACCGUUAGUGGAACCAAAAGGUUAAUAAGAAGAGCUUGUUUUGACUUGAUAGAUGCAGAGUUGUACUGCAUUACUUGGACCUAAAACUCAUGUAUUAAGGGCAUAUCCAUUUCUCAUAUAUUCUAUAUCACUUAUUUAUUAACAAUCCUUAUUUUUCCUUAUUUUUGAUCAGAAAGUUUAUGCUUUGUUUAUCGUUGAUAGAACAUAUUUUUAUGUUGCUCCUUGAUCAUAGAAUAUUAUUUAAAGUUGCUUACUUUGGCAAUAGGACAAUUUUCCUUUCCUCUGUUUCAUAUUCUUAUGACUCCAUGUCAAAAGAUUUCAUUUCACAGGAGCACAAUUUCAAGCUGAUCUCGUUUUUCACUUUUGAUGUUAUACAGACCUGUACUCAGUGAAUAUUUGUUUUUUUAAAAGGCAACAUAUGAAACAUAAUCAGUCUAAGAAAUUUUGCAUGAUGAAAAACAACAUAUUUAUCAGUUAUUAUUGGAAAGUGAUUUUUAAGCAUUUGGUUCAUCAAAGCAGUGCUCAGAAGUAAUGUGUUACAAAGUUAUCGCUUCCUUGGUUUUUGUUGUAAAAGAUAUAGAAGGACAAGGUUUAAGGAACUUUCUUCCAAAUGACAAUGGGUUUUCCAGCAUUACUCACUGGGGAUGUGGCCAGACAAUGGUAAGAGAAGGAAUAAUGCAAAUGAGCAAUCAUGUGGCUGGCCAGCCUCAUAUUGUGCUUGUGCUGCCUGUGGCCAAUAUGGAAAGAAGAGGUAAAACCUGGAGUCACCUUUUAGUCCUGAGCCUGACUGUAAAGCAGUGGUGUGCAACUGCAGAGGGGGCAUUUCCUCCCCACAUGCCUGCCUGGCAUGUUUCAAUCAUCUUUUUGGGCCUCCCCCCCCCCCCCACACACACACCCUUUGUGGGGGUGAGAG